AAAAAAGGAAAUUCGAAUAGGACUAGUUUUCAGGUUUUUCAAUCAAGUCCCUUAUUUCAUGUAUGCUUCUAUUUUAACCCCAAAAAAACUCAUUUUUGCCGCAUCACUGUUUAUACUCACUUCUCACUCUUCACACACACAGCAUUUGCAGAAGACUAAGAAUCAAGAGGGAAGAAUUUCUUUUCCGUUCCUCUAAUUUCCGGAAAUUUCAGAAAGAUUUCUUUUUGAUUCCUUUAAUUUCAGAAGAUUGUUAGUAUCUGAUGAAUAAUAACUACACGCGAGGGCGGUAUCCACCAGGGAUCGGCAACGGCCGCGGCGGCUUUGGCGUCGGUGGCACAAACCAGAAUAACCAGAAUCGAAACUCACAUUACCUACAACCCCAGCCACCGUACCCGCUGCGAACCGCACCCAAUCAGCCGCAGCAAUGGAUGAGGCGAAACCCUAGUGCCUCCACCGUUUCUGAGUCUUCGAAUGAAGUUGAAAAAACUGUGCAGUCCGAAGCCAUCGGUUCCACCUCUCAAGAUUGGAAGGCUCGAUUAGCGCUUCCACCUCCUGACACGCGGUAUAAGACCGAGGAUGUCACUGCAACAAAAGGAAAUGAGUUUGAAGAUUACUUUCUAAAACGUGAGCUACUGAUGGGAAUAUAUGAAAAAGGGUUUGAAAGGCCUUCACCCAUCCAGGAAGAAAGUAUUCCUAUAGCUUUGACUGGUAGUGAUAUUCUUGCCAGAGCUAAAAAUGGAACUGGGAAAACUAGGACCAAGAAUUCCAGGUCUUGA